UCGAGCUGUCAGGAGAGAUUGGCCUGGUGUCGGCUUCUCGUUCCCACAACGCUCUACAGGGCCUGCGGCGCCUGCUGGGAGCUGUAGUCCUAGCUCUGCGUACUGCGUUCGCCGAGGGGAGAGGCGGAGCUGCCGGCGGCCCGGCGGGCUGGCAGCUAGAGUGGGUGCGAUAGCCGCCUCCGCCUCUGCCGCCUCUGCCGUCGCCUCCUCCGCCCGGGCUGUUCGCUGCUGCGCGGGGAGAGCGAGGCGGGGCCGCCGGGGCCGCCAUGGAGCCCGACUCGGUGAUUGAGGACAAGACCAUCGAGCUCAUGUUACCGAAGUGCAUGUUUGGGAUUUUGUUGAAGAAAGCUGGAUACAGUAAGCGGAAAGAAUCUUGGAAGCUGCUUGACUGCUGUCUUUUCUCAGACUAGUCUGAAAGGGAAUACCCCCAUUCAUUCUGGAUUGGUGGAUCUGAAGUACAAAAUAUUGUCCAGUGUUCUGUGCCAAGGUCUUUGUGGCUAGGCUGCGCCAACCUGGUAGAGAGCAUGUGCGCACUGAGUUGCCUGCAGAGCAUGCCCAGUGUCAGAUGUCUCCAGAACACUUCAGUUAUGGAGGAUCAAAAUGAAGAUGAGUCCCCAAAGAAAAAUACUCUUUGGCAGAUAAGUAAUGGAACAUCAUCAGUGAUCGUCUCCAGAAAGAGGCCAUCAGAAGGAAACUAUCAAAAAGAAAAAGACUUGUGUAUUAAAUAUUUUGACCAGUGGUCUGAAUCAGAUCAAGUGGAAUUUGUGGAACACCUUAUUUCACGAAUGUGUCAUUACCAGCAUGGACAUAUUAACUCUUACCUGAAGCCCAUGUUGCAGCGGGACUUUAUUACCGCUUUACCAGAGCAAGGUUUAGAUCACAUAGCAGAAAACAUUCUUUCCUACCUGGAUGCCAGGUCUCUGUGUGCAGCAGAGCUGGUAUGUAAGGAAUGGCAGCGAGUGAUCUCCGAAGGAAUGCUUUGGAAGAAGCUGAUUGAACGAAUGGUCCGCACUGACCCUCUAUGGAAGGGACUUUCAGAAAGAAGAGGGUGGGACCAGUACCUGUUUAAAAACAGACCAACAGAUGGCCCUCCCAAUUCAUUUUAUAGGUCAUUAUACCCAAAGAUUAUCCAGGAUAUAGAGACUAUAGAAUCUAACUGGCGAUGUGGACGACACAACCUGCAGAGGAUUCAGUGCCGCUCUGAAAAUAGUAAAGGUGUCUACUGUUUACAGUAUGAUGAUGAAAAAAUUAUCAGUGGCCUUCGAGAUAAUUCUAUUAAGAUUUGGGAUAAAACCAGCUUGGAAUGUUUGAAAGUGUUAACAGGACACACUGGCUCUGUCCUUUGUCUCCAGUAUGAUGAACGUGUCAUUGUGACUGGCUCUUCUGACUCUACAGUGAGAGUCUGGGAUGUGAACACGGGCGAAGUUCUGAACACGUUGAUCCACCACAACGAGGCUGUACUGCACUUACGCUUCAGCAAUGGACUGAUGGUGACCUGUUCCAAGGACCGCUCCAUCGCAGUGUGGGACAUGGCUUCUGCCACUGAUAUCACUUUACGCCGUGUCCUGGUUGGCCACCGUGCUGCUGUCAAUGUAGUAGACUUUGACGAUAAGUACAUAGUGUCUGCCUCUGGGGACAGGACCAUCAAAGUCUGGAGCACGAGCACCUGUGAAUUUGUUCGUACUCUGAAUGGGCACAAGCGAGGCAUUGCCUGUCUCCAGUACAGGGAUCGGCUGGUUGUCAGUGGAUCAUCGGAUAAUACCAUAAGGCUGUGGGAUAUUGAAUGUGGCGCCUGUUUAAGAGUCCUAGAGGGACAUGAAGAAUUGGUCCGAUGCAUCCGGUUUGAUAACAAGAGGAUUGUCAGUGGGGCCUAUGAUGGGAAAAUCAAAGUUUGGGACUUGCAGGCUGCUCUCGACCCCCGAGCCCCAGCAAGCACGUUGUGUCUGCGCACAUUGGUGGAACAUUCUGGACGUGUGUUUCGGCUACAGUUUGAUGAAUUUCAGAUCAUCAGCAGCUCCCAUGAUGACACAAUUUUGAUUUGGGAUUUCUUAAAUGUGCCUCCCAGUGCCCAGAAUGAGACCCGUUCUCCCUCCAGAACAUACACUUACAUCUCCAGAUAACAGUCUGCACUUUACCUGUUUCAGGGUUUCCUAGUCUUGAACUACUGGCUACAUGGCUACCAAAUGCCUAAGGGAGUUCUUCACAGCUGAGUUAUGAAGCUGGAAUUGGUUCUAGACGCUGGGUAGAUGCAAAGCAGCCUAACUCUUCAAGUACCGACGUUUCUCACCUCCGAUUCCGGCCUCUACUUUGAGAAGGAUACCUUAGCUUCCCCGACUUUCAGUAGUGCAGAAGCCCAUUUCCUCCCCCCACCAGUGAAAAGAAAUCUAUCGCUUCAAAUGUAAAUUGUUCAUAUAAAAGGAACGUACAGUCUGUUUUACAGAAGUAAAUCGACCGUCAAGAGAAGACUUGGCCUCUAAUUUAUAUUGCUUUGCACUUUGGUCUGAUACUAAGAAACAGCAUUCUUCGGUGAAAUUUUGGGUGCCAAACACCUACCCAGAAUGUCCAGGGCUUUCCUUUUCAGAAGUUAGCAUUCUCCUUUUGACCGUCCAAGUCAUUAUGAAUUGUGACUUGUAUUAGGAACAUGUUGGACAAUGGAAACAUUUCUCUGGAUUGUUUUAGUAAUAUUUUUUGGAUUAUACUUCCUUUCUGUACCAAUUUCUUUUAAUUUAAAGAACUGUAAGCCAGGUUAUAUUAUCUCCCAACAGGUAAUAUAGCUCUUUUCUUUUAUUAACUGUUCUCUGUACCCGCAACCAUCUCCUGAUAUUUGGUAGAGUAACACCCUUUACAUGUGUGCUUGCCUCCUAAUUUAAAAUACUGUAUCCGCAUGUAGAUAUAAUGUACAUAACAGUUUAACCUCAAGGUUGCUCGAGUCAGGGCCCCCGUGCCUGAGACACUAAUGCAGAGUGUGUUCACCCUUAGCCGUGGGCUAGGCUCAAGAACCCGCUACCAGGGUUGAUGUGGAUUACCUAGAACCCUUCCUGCAGUAUUCAUAUGGUGUUCUUAUUUUGUCAUUGUCAUUGUCAUUGUGCGUGUGGUGUGUGUGUGUGUUUUAAUGGGAAUCUUGUUUUAAGAUGUAAUUUCUAAAGUUUAACACAAAAUGUUUUAUUCGUUGUGCAGUAUAUACAAUAGAGAGGUACCUUAAAUACUUUUGUUGUUCUUUUCCUCAUCAGUACUCCUAAGUACUCGUGGUCACUUCCCAUAGCAUUCAUUUAACUUCACCGUCACAGGUCACACUCUGUGUGUUAGUAACCCUGGGAAGGGAAGAGCGAGAAGGCCCCGCUGACUGGCUCUCCCGGCUCUGGCGUUCGUGCGUCCUGCCCUUGUCAGGUGGUAGCAGGGCCCACUUGUGUGUUGGAGCCCGGGACCCGGGUCAGGCUGGUUCAGGGGCCUGUCUUGAGUGGAAGGGUCCUCCCAGGUGGUGUGAAGCCUCAGGCUCAUGAUCCCAUCCCUGUCAUCUCUGGUGUCGCCUGCUGCCGUGGCCCCGGCAAGCUCUCCUGGCUCCCGAGCGCUCCGCAGCCCGAAUGUGUGAACGGCACCAUCAUGCUGACGUGCGUGGAAAGGACUUUGGCAUCUGGUUGGCACUCCUUUUCCUUUGUUCAAUAUUAGGUUUUGAUUUGCCCCUUGCCAUUGUUUCCAAAGAUCAAGGAAUGUUGCUAACAUUUUAAAGGACCAAUGACAACUUCCAGUAACUAAACCUCUUCCCGUGGAAGCACACUCUCCCACUGAGGGGGAGGUGCCUGGGCUCUUGCUUUGUCCUUUACAUUGAGAAUGGUGUGGGAAUCAAUGUGUGUGUCUGUGGUUGUUUAUUGGGUUGGUUUGCUUUUUUGUUUUCCUUUCUCCUUUUUAAAAAAUACAUCCUUCCCUCCUACAUGUUAGUAAAUUAAUUUCUGUUCUUGAAAAGUUGAGUCUCAAAGUGUUAAAAAAAAGAAAUCUCCGUUCAGCGGGUGGAUGUUGUAACCCUGACAGCGGUUGUGAAAGUGACUUAACUUUGACCACUCUUACCUUACAGCUUUAAUAUCAGAUUGGUUAGGAGAGCCCAGGGGGCAGGGCAGGGAGGAGCAGGGGAGGAGGCAAUUCUUCUGAACGAAUGGACUUUCCGUGGUUGUUUUUGCAUGUUUAAUAUAGAAAUUCUGGUUCCUUGGGAGAUCAUGGCCUUUGAAUAUGCACACAACCUUUGAAUUGUGCCUACUAAAUUAUAGCAGGGGACUUUGGCACCCGAGGAAUUCUGACUUUCUGGGAUUAUAGUAGUAAUUCCCAGCUGUACUCUGGACUUUAUUUUGCUAACCAUAAUUGAGAAACUGUAAAUUACUGCUAUAUUAAUGUUUUAAAGCACUGGGAUAGUCUAAUUCUAACUUGUAAUUAAUUAUGUUUGCCAAUAACUGUUUGAAAUAAAUUUGUGUCUGAACAGCUAUUGAAACUGUUAAAUUGUACAGAUAUUAUUCACGACAGCUUUGUACUGUGGAAUGUGCUUAAUAAAAAACAAAAAGUUUGACCUUUGUCCAAUAAAUUGCGAAGUAAUGUCAAUAAAUCAAGUAUGAGUAUUAUGCAGUACACCUGAUCUGGCUUCAUGCAAUUGUUACUUCAGCUACUAAUUCAAAGCCAAUACUCUUAAUAAAGUGUUGCAAUACUCUGA